AUGGGACGUGGCCAAUCCAGACGCAAACUAAUGGGACGUGGCCACACCAGACGCAAACUAAUGGGACGCGGCCACUCCGAACGCAAACUAAUGGGACAUGGCCACUCCGAACGCAAACUAAUGGGACGUGGCCACACCAGACGCAAACUAAUGGGACGUGGCCACACCAGACGCAAACUAAUAGGACGUGGCCACACCAGACGCAAACUAAUGGGACGUGGCCACACCGGAUGCAAACUAAUGGGACGUGGCCACACCGAACGCAAACUAAUGGGUCGUGGCCACUCUGGACGCAAACUAAUGGGUCGUGGCCACUCUGGACGCAAACUAAUGGGUCGUGGCCACUCCGGACGCAAACUAAUGGGGGGUGACUGA